AUGGCGCAACGAUCAGCCACUCUUUUUAACUCCAUCAGGGUCUGUUCAAGCGAUGGUGUACAAAUGCCUCGGCCACGAAAUGGAAGCUUACAAGAAGAUUCUGAUUAUACUAAUGCAUUGAUAACACAUCAACGCCUGAGAGAUAAAAAGGCCUGUUAUUCAAAACGAAAUUUUCCAACUGAAUUAGAUGUAUUAGAAUUGCGCCAUUCUAUUGAAAGUUUACGUUUGGAAAUAGACACUAUGACCAUGGAGUUGGAUACUCAUAAUAAUGGCUUAACACCAAUUGGAAUACUCGAUCCAUUAGAACAACAACAUUUUUAUAAAAACAUGAACACUGGACAAAGUGGCUCUAUUUUUGCCACUCCACAAUCUCCACAAUCUUGGAAUAAUCCUCCACCUCGGCCUCCUCGUUACAAACCAGAGAGUCAUCCAGUUCCACCUUCAAUACCUGACAAUGAACUUGUAGAAGAUACUUGGAACUGUUCAGAAUGUACCUAUAUGAACCAUCAAGCACUGGACAAGUGUGAAAUGUGUGAGUUCCCACGCAAACAUAAAGCUAAUUGA